AUGUCGACCGUACGGUCAUCGACGCGCUCGUAUGACAACGACGAAAAGGUCGUGCAGAUAGCGCACACCCUUGGUGGAGCACAAGAGACUAUAUUCUCAACCGAACGGGGAGUGUACCGCCUGCUCAUGCAAUCCCGGAAGCCGAUAGCACGCCCAUUUCAAAAGUGGGUAGCCGGCGUCAUCGAGCAGAUCAGGACCCGCGGGAGGUACGAUCUCGAGCAGCAGGUCGAGGCCGCAAAGGCGGAGCUGAAAAGACAAGAGGCGCUCGCUCGGGCAAAGAUCGACCAGCUCUUGAAUGAGCAGGCGGAGCUCUCUAGGAAGACGGCAAAGACGGCGACCGAGGUUGCGAAGCACGAGGUCUUCGUGAACUCGCACAGGAAGGGGGACUGCCUGGUUUACUUCGGCAAGAUCCGAGAAGAACCAGACGGUCGCGUUCUCAUGAAGAUCGGAAGCACGAAGGACCUGCACGAGAGAGCGAUCGGACUGGAAAAGACGUUCGGCUCCAUGCUCAUCUUCCAGGCGUUCCCUGUAUCACUCUUUCGCCAGUUCGAGGAGUUCCUGCAAACCCACCCGAGCAUCGCGAAGCAUGUCUUCAAGGAAGUCAUCCACAACGGUCGCGCGUCCAAUCGAGAGGUUUUCCUCAUGACCCCGAAUGAGGUCACCGACGCGGUGGCUCUCGCCAAGCGACAUGCGGCGGCUUACAACGACCGGGCGACCGUCGAGCAGAUCGUGGAAUACGAGUUGACUAAAUACAAGACCAGCAUUUUGGAGGCUCAAGCUCAGGGUCUCCCUCUUCCUUGGCCGGACCCAUACUUCUACGUUCCGGACGACAGGAGAUUCACGCAGUCACGGGGUUCAAAGGUGCAGCGGUAUUCGCCAGACGGCAAGGAGCUCAUCAGGACCUAUUCUGGCUGCGCGGAAGCUUCUCGAGACCCCGACGUGGCCAAACCAAACGCUCAGCUGAUCAGGACGGCAUCGGAGAAGAGGACCCUCUACAAGCAGUUCCGUUGGGCGAUGCUGGACAGAGGCCUGCCAGACACCAUCGUGCAGGAUAUCGGGGAGACGGUCGAGUCCAGGUCAAACAAGCAAGGCUUUGUGGCGAUGCUAGACCUCAGCGAGAAUCGGAUCGUGAAAGUGUUCGAGGACAUGAAAGCGGCAGCGGCGGACCGUCAGUUCAAGAGCAUAGGCGCGAUCAGCACCGCCAUCAAGCUACACCGCAAAUCCGGGGGGCAUUACUUCGAGAUGUGGCACGACUGUUCCGAGGAGCUCAAGUUGCAGUACCUUCUGACAAACGAGCUUCCGAAUCCGCGUAAGAGGGCGAACGGACAGGUGGUCCUUCAGAGUAAGAUGUGCAUCGCACGCGCUUCGCUCAAGAGAGCCAUCCAGACAGGAUCAAUAGUGAAGGGUCAUCUGUGGCAUUUAGAAGAGUGA